ACUGUGUAUUCAUAUAACACGAGUUCGUACAUGACAGUGCUCGAAGAAAUGAUUAAUUUAUAAAUAGAUAAUUCGUCGCGUGAUUACGUGCUUCUCUUUCCCUAUGGUGUUUUAAUUAAUUACUAUUUUUCGUUUUUAUUUUCGUAUUGUAAUCAAAGUACCAAAAACUGUCGACUAUGGACUCUUUAUUGUAAUCCACGAAACCGGUUCAAACUGUCGAUCAACUAAGUUUUCAUAAUGUUGUUCCAAGUGACCAUUUGUUUGCUGCUUUGCCAAGCGUUUAGCUCGUCGUCGUCGGCGAUUGAACAGCCAUCUCAGUCAGGAAACACACUCCAGCUGAGAAACUCUCCAGAGGAAAUAUCACCGGUUUUCAACGAAAUCGCACCUGAGAAUGGGCCCGAAUAUGUGGAAGAAGUAUCGUAUAAACCAGUUACCCUAGAAGCCGCGUCUAAAGUUACUCCUAAACAAGCGCAAUGCCUCAAGAUAGGCACAGGCAGCCAACUGAAAAGUAUAUCACGUGCUUCUCUACGGGCUCCUUUGUCGAAUUCAAAUCAUCUUGACACUCUCAAGGUUGUCUGUCGCAGCCAACAGAAACCAGAGAUGUGGAUAGCGCAAAAUAAAUAUCAACUUUUCGACAAUCGUCAAAAGGUACAAAGUUUAACGUUUGAAGAUACCGAUACCGCCAUCGUUGUUUUGGAUGCGAAGCUGGGCACACUGAGUUUUGAAUUACCCGGAUGCAACGUAUGUGUGAAGAAAAACGAGGCUGGGUCUAAUAAUUUGAAUGUUUUCGUCGCUUCGAGUACGACUAAUGAUGAUGAGAAAUUAGCCGAUGGAAGAGUAACGAAUUCCAACGUACCGGAGUUGUUUAAUAGAGAAAAGAAACUUCGUGUCAAAAGAGCAGUCAACUCGAAUUCUGUUCAAGUAUCUUUAUCUUCGGCGAAGAAAAAUGUCGGAGAAGGCCUUACAGUAACUUGCUCAGCCCAGUCCAAAAAUAUCACAUGGAAGGACCCCCAAGGCAAAGAAGUCAAAUCGAUAGUAACUUCUGAUCCUCGUGUAAAGGAGAGCUUUACCAACGCACAGAAUAAGUCCGAGCUUAUUUUCCGAAGUAUUUCAGUCGGAGUUGGAGGCAAAUACACCUGUACAGCUAAUAGUAAUGGCAGAUUAGAAACAGAAGCGUUCAACUUGACAGUCAUUGCCCCAGUAGUACAACCGAAGGCUAAAUUAACCCCUUCCAAGUCAAAAGUAUCUUUAGAAGAAGGAUCAGAUUAUGCGGUCGAAUGUUCCGGAAAUUCAAAUAAUAUCACCUGGAAACAUCCGCAGAAUCACGUUUUUCCUACAUAUGCUGGAGGAGCUGGAACAAGUUACUUUUACGUGCAGCCAGCGAACUUCGAUAAUAAAACAAUGUUAUAUUUCAAAAAUGUUUCUGCAUCUUUCGGAGGAGAUUAUUCAUGCUCCGUGAACAGUUCAGGGCUCCAAGAUGUAGCCAAAUUAACUCUCAGUAUUUCAAAGCCUGGUUUGACAAUCUCGCCCGAUAAGAAUACCUUCUCUGAGAAGGAAAACACAGAUCUGGAUAUAUCUUGCGAAGGACCUAUGAAAACAAUCUCGUGGUACUACAAUAAUAAUGAAAUAUCGACCAAUAAAAAUUUCGACGUUUUUCAAAAAUCACCUGAUAUGGAAGGCGGAGUGAUGAAAAGAAAAUUGAAAUUCGACGAUUUGCAAACAACGAAUAGCGGCAAAUACACUUGCGUGGGUUUCUCAACCUUUAACGGAGCUAGAAUCGAACGUACCAUUACACUCUCCGUUCGAGAGACUGAUAUCUUGAACUAUCCUAAACUAACAGUAAACGAUGAUAAGGUAGCUGAUACCAAUCUCUACUACAGAGUUAACGAAACGUUGGAAGUAGUUUGUAAAGGAGAUACGGAAUUCAUCGCAUGGAAGGGCCCACCAAAUAGCUGGAAUAUCCCAGAAACAACUAGUCCCACAAACAAUCGUAUCGACGCGGAACGUACUAAAAAGAAGAAAAUAGCAUUGAAAUUCAAAUCAAUCACGACCAGUGAUGAAGGAACCUACAUUUGCGAAGUAACCAAAAAAAAGAACACCAAAUCAAAAAGUUUCAAACUCUACGUAAUUGAUCCUGUUCGUAUAACUGGCUUCCCACAAAGCCCAACUACCAGGGAAGGUGGCUACGUUACGCUGGGAUGUCUCACAACAGGCCACCCUAAGGCAAUUCUGAAUUGGUAUUUCAACGAAGUCCAUUCCGAUGGAACAUCACAUUCUAAACUUAUCGAUGGCCAAACCAAUUCACAUUUCAAAUUGGACGGCGAUAAUUUACUCGUCAGCAACAUAACUUACCGAGAGGCAGGCAGGUACAUGUGCGAGGCGAUACAAGAUAUUGAAAAAGGUUCCACCGAUAGACGAACCAUGGAUAUAAAUGUUGAACAUAAACCGUACCCCUCGAGGAACCGUACCAUUUACGAGAAGAAGCUCCACACAUAUGUCGAAGUGCCAUGUAAAAUGGUCGCCAAUCCUGAGCCUAUGUACACGUGGUUUCAAAAUGUCAAUGGCACGUUUCAAAUGAUUAGUCCACCCAGUCCAGAUAGACUGCUCAAAAUGAAUUUCAACCAAGAGUCGCAAUUCGGCGAAUACAAAUGUCAGGCUAAUAACAUAAUCGGUUACAACGAGCAGCAUAUUUUAUUAAUUCCGAUGGAAAAUCCAAGACCACCGAGAAUCGAACUGGAUACAGUAACAAAACAAUUCGCCCAAUUGAAAGCUUUUGCUGUGAGAAACAGUAGCUUCAUUUUCUAUAAUAUCGAAUACAAGGAAAAGGAUACCAGAGAUUGGACUGGUAUGAAUGUUACUCUAGGUGAAACCUGGGAUACGAAAUACGAAAUACCCGGCUUAUUCGAAAAAACAAGUUAUAUCAUAAGAGUAAGAUCUAUCAACGAGUUGGGUGUGAGUGAGCCUUCAAAUGAAAUAGAAUUCACAACAGGGUCAGGAAUACGACUCACCGCAUCGUUUAUUGUAUUAUUCGCCAUUUUGCUUCGAUGGAUUUUUUAAAUGUACCUACCUACUUGUACCUACUCAUUUAAAAUAUUCAGAAAUUGAAAUGUAAAAAAAGAGAUAACGGGGCGAGCUCUCCUAAAGAUACCUCAAUCGGCUGUGUUUUAAUAUUUUUUUCGUCAUUAUAAAUAGUCAUAAGCUUUUGGAAACGCAACCGUGGCAAAAGCAAAAGUACCACGUUUUAAAUUCGGUUUUUCAAAAGUCAAUUUACUUUCACGGUAUUGAGGAGUUCGACUAAAUUGGGGGAUGAUAAUUUUUAUACGUUUUAUAUGUAUUAUGUACCCGUACUUAUUGUUUAAUUUUGUAGUUGUCUGUGCAUUUAAUCAAAAUUCUAAACGCUUAAUAUUUUUACAAAAUAAUUGUAUAUGUUUUGUUUGAGAUUAAAAUUAAAUUUUGUUUUAUUUUUGUA